AUGGAUGAAAACAAACCAGAGAAGGGAACCAAGAUGGAAACCAACCAGAGAUGGAACCUGGAUGAGAACCAACCAGAGAGCAGUGAGGAGAGAAAGAACACAGAAAGACAGUGCAGCGAGGAGAGAAAGAGCACAGAAAGACAGAACAGUGAGGAGAGAAAGAACACAGAAAGAGAGAACAGCGAGAGAAAGAACACAGAAAGACAGAGCAGCGAGGAGAGAAAGAACACAGAAAGACAGAUCAGUGAGGAGAGAAACGACACAGAAAGACAGAGCAGCGAGGGGAGAAAGGACACAGAAAGACAGAGCAAUGAGGAGAGAAAGAACACAGAAAGACAGAGCAGUGAGGGGAGAAAGAACACAGAAAGACAGAGCAGUGAUGAGAGAAAGGACACAGAAAGACAGAGCAGUGAGGAGAGAAAGAGCACAGAAAGACAGAACAGCGAGAGAAAGAACACAGAAAGACAGAGCAGCGAGGAGAAAAAUAACACAGAAAGACAGAGCAGUGAGGAGAGAAAGAACACAGAAAGACAGAGCAAAAGACAGAGCAGUGAGGAGAGAAAGAACACAGAAAGACAGAGCAGUGAGGAGAGAAAGAACACAGAAAGACAGAGCAGUGAGGUGAGAAAGGACACAGAAAGACAGAGUAGUGAGGAGAGAAAGAACACAGAAAGACAGAGCAGUGAGGUGAGAAAGGACACAGAAAGACAGAGCAGUGAGGAGAGAAAGAACACAGAAAGACAGAACAGCGAGAGAAAGAACACAGAAAGACAGAGCAGCGAGGAGAGAAAGAACACAGAAAGACAGAGCAGUGAGGUGAGAAAGGACACAGAAAGACAGAGCAGUGAGAGCAGUGAGGAGAGAAAGGACACAGAAAGACAGAGCAGUGAGGAGAGAAAGAUCACAGAAAGACAGAGCAGUGAGGAGAGAAAGGACACAGAAAGACAGUGCAGCGAGGAGAGAAAAGACACAGAAAGACAGAGCAGUGAGGAGAGAAAAGACACGGAAAGACAGAGCAGUGAGGAGAGAAAGAACACAGAAAGACAGAGCAGUGAGGAGAGAAAAGAGACGGAAAGACAGAGCAGUGAGGGGAGAAAGGACACAGAAAGACAGAGCAGUGAGGAGAGAAAGAACACAGAAAGACAGAGCAGUGAGGAGAGAAAGAACACAGAAAGACAGAGCAAAAGACAGAGCAGUGAGGAGAGAAAGAACACAGAAAGACAGAGCAGUGAGGAGAGAAAGAACACAGAAAGACAGAGCAGUGAGGGGAGAAAGGACACAGACAGACAGAGCAAUGAGGAGGGAAAGAACACAGAAAGACAGAGCAGUGAGGGGAGAAAGAACACAGAAAGACAGAGCAGUGAGGAGAGAAAGAACACAGAAAGACAGAGUAGCGAGGGGAGAAAGGACACAGAAAGACAGAACAGUGAUGAGAGAAAGGACAUACAAAGACAGAGCAGUGAGGGGAGAAAGAACACAGAAAGACAGAGCAGCGAGGAGAGAAACGACACAGAAAGACAGAGCAGUUAG